GACUUCAGACCCUUUUGUCUCUAUCGUUCGUCGUAAAACAAACACAACCGGCCAUCAAACUACUCAUCAGUCAUCUGUCCGAUUACUUUUGAGCCUGUGAUGGAAGGAAGAGAUUUGUUGAAACUUGGCUGUAGUUGCUACAGUAAAAUGCAAUAUUUUUGUCGUUACCUCAUAGAUUAGAGCCGUGUCGCUGUGCAAAUACUUAUGGACCUGGCUGUGUGUGUGUGUGUAUAAAUACAGUAUAAACAGUACAUAUAUAAAACAGUGUGAAAAGCCUCAGAGUGGAAGGAGGAGACGUCAGCAGAUUAGCGUGUGUGUGUGUGUGUGUGUGUGUGUGUGUGUGUCACACACUCCUCAGCUUAAACUGGCUGGAAGACGUCUCCAGAAUCUCGUUGUGCGUCUGUAUGAUUCUCUCUCUCUCUCUCUCUCUUACACACACACACACUCACACACACGAAUAUUUACACCCAGUCUUGGGAUGAAGAAUCCACACACACACCACCGUCUGUGCGUCCUCAUCAUUUUCCUGCUGAACUUCUCUCCAGUCUUAAUUUUUUCAGGACUGUCGGACUUUGCACCGUACUUCCACGACAAUGGGAACAUGGCGCUGUUCAGCCUCUCUGAAGACACACCAGUCGGGUCGCAGGUGUUCACUCUGAAUGGGACAGACCCAGAGGGGGACGAGGUCAGGUACGAUAUCAGCUCUGAGAACGGCUCUAAAGAGUACUUCCGGGUCGAGCCCAAAUCAGGACGGGUCACUCUGAUCCAGGAACUGGACCGAGAGGCUAAAGAUGAAAUUGUGGUUUUAGUCAGCAUCACGGAUGGCAGGAAUAAGGUGGUGGAGAAAGUGCGUGUGUUCGUCACAGACGCUAACGAUGAAAAGCCUGCGUUUCUCGGCCUGCCCUACAUCGUUAACGUCCCUGAGGAUACAGAGGCAGGACGCAGCAUUUUUAAAGUUCGAGCUGUGGAUAAAGACCUCGGUUCUGGAGGAAGUGUCAUGUAUUUCCUGCAGACGUCUCCCAAAACCAAGUUCACCAUCGAUGGGCACAGUGGCGUGCUGCGUGUCAAAGCGGGCGAGUCUCUCGACUACGAGACCUCCAGCACACACUUCAUCACUGUAGUUGCCAAGGACGGUGGAGGGAAGUAUGACGGGAAACACCAGGUGAUGACAUCAUCAGCCACCAUAACCAUCAACGUCCUCGAUGCCCAGGACUCGCCUCCUGCUUUUGUGGGAACGCCAUAUUUCGGAUAUGUUUAUGAAGUAUUGGAGCCUGGCUCAGAAAUAUUCAUAGUGUCGGCUAAAGACGGGGAUCAGGCCAACCCUAACCCUAUUCAUUACUCUAUCCUUAAUGGAAGUGACGGAGCCUUCAGCAUCAACAGCUCGAGCGGUUCCAUCUUUCUGAUGUCAUAUCCUGUCCAGCUAAAAAACGAGUUAUACGAGCUCAAAGUUAAGGCCUCGGAGGUGGGUCCUAAGAACGAGCUGCUGGACUCGAGCGUGACGCUGGUGACGAUCCGAGUGGUGGAUCUGAACAACCAUCCGCCCACGUUUUAUGGAGAGAACGGCAAACAGGACAGAUUUGAGCUGACCAUGAGUGAGCAUCCCCCUGAGGGAGAAAUCCUGAGAGGCCUGAAAAUUACUGUUAAUGAUUCAGACCAGGGAGCGAACGCUAAGUUCAGACUCAGACUGGUUGGACCAGGGCGUGUCCUCCGUGUCGUCCCUCAAACUGUCCUGAACGAAGCCCAAGUCACCAUCAUCGUAGAGAACUCGAGUGCCAUCGACUAUGAGAAACACUCGCUUUUAACCUUUAAGUUGUUAGCGGUGGAAAUCGACACCCCGGAGCGUUUCAGUGCCACAGCGGACAUCAUCAUCCACCUCCUGGACGUAAACGACAACACGCCCAGGUUCUCCUCUGAGUUUUACAUCGCCAGGGUCCCGGAGAACUCGCCUGGAGGAUCCACCGUCGCAUCCAUCACUGCAUCUGAUCCUGAUUCUGGGCUUUGGGGAGAAGUGAAAUACUCCAUGUAUGGCUCAGGAGCUGAUCUGUUCCUCAUCCACCCCACCUCAGGGGUCAUCUACACUCAGCCGUGGGCGUCUCUGGACGCGGAGGUGAAGUCAAAGUAUAAUUUCUACGUGAAGGCAGAAGACGGCGAGGGGAAGUACAGCCUGGCCGAGGUCUUUGUCACGGUUCUAGAUGAGAACGAUCAUUCUCCAGAAUUUAACGAGAACUUCCUGGAGAAGACCAUGAUCAUCGGCGCUCCUGUGAAGAUAGAGGCGGUGGAUGAUGAUGCAGAGGAACCCAACAAUGUCAUUGAGUACUCCAUAACGAAGGCUGAGCCGGAAAAUGUUUUUGACAUCAACACUCGAACGGGCGAGAUCAAGCUGAAGCCAUUCAUCAAGUCCCUGGAAAUGGUCCAGAACAUCACCAAACAGCACGACUGCAAGUGGUCAGUGGUGGUCCAGGCGCGAGAUCAGGGUUCUCCUUCAUUCAUGACGACCGCUGUCGUCCAUAUCGACAUCACUGAAGCAAAUCAGCUCUCGGGGCCCGUGACGUCAUUUUUAAUGCAGAGCAGAGACAAUCCGGCAAAGGCUUUGGGUGUGGCAGCUGGGGUCAUUAGCGUGAUGGUGAUGGUCACCGUGGUGAUCUCCACCGCAAUGUACCUGCGCAACACAAAGUCCAAUAGGAUUGGACCAUCCCGCCGCGUCAUCCGCCGCAGGCGUGGGGAACCUCGGCAGUGGAAUUUCACGUUUGGGAACUCGCAAAAUCCCGACAGGUUCCUGACUGUUCACGAUGUUGAGAGCAACAAAAAGAGCGACAAAUCUUGGUCCAAACCUCCACCGCCAUGUGCACCGAUUUUGCCUCCACCUCCACCAAGUUACAACCCCAGGAUGAGUAAGCAUCACGGUGCCAUUCCAACCGUCUCAGGAUCCUUAAGCUCCCAGACCUCAAGCAACAGCUCCAUCAGUAGCAGAGAUACAGUAGACCAGCAGAGUAAGAAGAGAGAAGGAAAUAUCAGCUCGGCUCUGGUGUCUGAGCUGAAGAGGAGGCUGGAGCAGAAGAUCAUCGAGGCUAAUCAAGGCUACUACUGCUGAAAUCACUGGGUUAGCAAACAUGCUAGCAUAGAUCCUUAGUACUGAAGCCACCAGAUUAGCAUAGAAUGCUUUGCUAAUGUUUCUCAGAGAUAAUUUAAAGCAUGAGAUUAUAACCGAGGGGGUCAAAUCUCUGGUGGCAGCUGGUCCGGAGUAACGUUCUGCCUCUGCUUUUUAUAAACGAUGAUGCAUGAUGAAAUAUUUAUAUGCUAAUAUUAGUACUGAUAAUAAUAAUAAUAAUAAUAAUAAUAAUAAUAAAGUAAAGGUGAGAUGUGUGUAAAUAGCGUCCAAAGGUUCAGGUGUACGGUUCAGGAUUUCAGUAGUUAUAUCUGUAGAAUUUACAAGGAAGACACAUUAAAGUAAGGAUAUUUCAUUUUAUGAUGUUUGUGUGCGUCAGAGUGUGUUUAGACCAGUUCUGACUCUUAAGCUCUUCUGCGCUAAUUUUAAGAUUAGAAAAAGACGAAAAUUCGCGAUUGUACAUAUUUUUGUAUUGUUUUAUUUAUUUGCACUUUGGUAUGAACUUUAUUUUAAGCUUUCCUAUGAACCUGCUGCGGUAUUUAUUUGAACCAUAAAGCGCUAGUUGGACUCAAAGUCUUCCCUCUUACAAUCCUUAUUAUAUUAGCAUACACAUGUUUGGUGUCUCAAUGUUUUUUCCCGCUAUAUUACCACAGCAGCAGUAACCAAAUAGUGAAGCUAAGUACAGGAUUUAAAUAGAAUUUAAAUAAAGUGCUAAUUCGCACAGAUAAAUGCUCAGGUUUGCUAACAUGUUUCAAAGAUUGCUCAAAUUAGCAAACUGGGCUAACAGUGCACUCUGGGCUAACUGUACUAGCUACAUUCUGUACACUCACCAGAGGCAUCAACGAUGUCUGUUAUUUUCUUACAGCUCUACUGUAUGUUUCUUCAUAAUGUCUUUAAACACCUUUAAUUAUGUUUUGUGUAUAAAGUAUAAAAAUAAAUCAUUGUUUUUCUUACAUUUGUGCAUCUAUUAGCUAUGGAGCUAAAGUUCCUGUUCCUGUUCUGAUGAAUUGUUCAGGCUAAUUGUUUGGAUCUGUUGCUUUACAGUGUUGAGCUUAAACCGAUCAUCCUUUGUUUUGUUAUUUAGCGUAAACGUUUGUAAACGUUAGCGUAAAAGUAGGGCUAAAGCUGUGCUGGAGCUUUGAAGGCUAACAUAGCUAGAAAAUAAUGUGUGCAUUCUCCAUUAAAGGACGUACAGUAUUACUCCACCACCUUUGUAGCUUGAAGGCAGAAUUGUGGCAGAGGUCUAAAGAUGUAUUUACGCUGUACACUGUCAUUGAUGUAUGACGAAAUAAAUAAAACUCAAAGAAAAUUGCAGA